GAAGAGUUGCAGCAUUAAAAAGAAGAGAAAGUGAAUGGUUGAGAAAUAAACAUAGUAGAAAAAAUUGAGAGUGAUGACAUGCUAUGCUAUACAUUGAUUCCCACUGGACAAUGAUCAGAUUGAAAGGACUCUACACUGUGCAAGUGAUCAUAGCAGCAGGCGUAGGAAAAUAAUUAAAGAUGUAAACCUCCAAAGGAAUCCAAUGCACUUUGGCUAUAUAUCAGAGCAAAAAGAGCCACUUGGCUCAGCCAAAAUAGAACCACUCACAGCUUUUUUUUCCUCAACCACAACAACUACUGUGAAAAUCACAUGGUUGAUGGUUCAACCACCAAUCCCUGGGCCGCUCUAGCUGCACCACGCCGUUCCAGUGACCACCAGUCCACCACCACUGCCUCGCCGUCCAUCUUAGUCGCAGGGAUUACCCUGAUGAUGUUCUCUCUAAGUCGGUUUCACGGUCUUAACCUAUGGAACGAGUCUUCAAGUGUGAUUUCCUUGAUUAGUAUCAUCAGGUACUCGAAGACAGACUCAUGCCUCAUAUUGGCUCUUGGUGAGAGGUGGCAUGAGGAGACUAGUAGCUUCCACAUGCCGUUCGGGGAGAUGACUAUCACCCUGGACGACGUGUCGGCUCUUCUUCAUCUCCCCAUGGGGUCGAGGUUCUACACGCCUAACAAGGGGGAGCGAGAUGAGUGUGCAGCGCUCUGCUUCCAGCUCAUGGGAGGAUCCACCGCUGAUUAUCUUAAGAAGUUUGAUGCGACGCAUGACCAGACUAUUCGGUUCUUUAUGUUGAAGACUCUGUAUGAUUCUGCUUUGGAGGAGCACCGGUAUGAGGAUGCUGCCCGAAUUUGCCUGGUGAACAUGUUUGGCACGACGCUCUUGCCAGCAAGAGCGGGGGAUAUUACACGGCUGUCUACUGGAUUGGGAUGCUGGAGGACCUUGGGCGAGUGUCGGAGUACGUGCAGGGCGCGAUUGCGCUGGAUACGUUGUACGACCAACUUAGUCGUACAUCCCAUAGUAAGACAAGCCAGAUGAGAGGGUUCACCUCGCUCCUGCUGUCAUGGGCAUAUGAGUACCUUUAUGACUGCGUCAUUAUCAGGAGGCAGUUUCAGACUACUCAUAGGACCAGCCUUGGGCGCAGCGGUGGUUUACGUCCCGGAUCGGGCAUGCCGGACUCGAUGAGAGACGAGUCAUGCUCGAUGAGCUUACGGUGGAUGACAUCAUAUGGACCUCAUUUGAGGACUAUCGGGCUCAUCGACCGCGGGAUCCGAGAGCCCUUUAUUCUGGCUACAUCAGGACAUCUUUCUGCCGGGCUGUGAGCCGACAUCUACCGGAGAGGGUUAUGCGCCGGUUUGGCUACAUACAAGAUAUCCCUCGACACCCUUCUGAGAUCCAGACGAUGGGGUCCCUUGUUGAGACCGCAGAUGUUGCCUAUGCUGACUACGUGUCGCACCUGGUCCCUCAUGGAAUCCCUGUUAUACGUCCGGGAGACGAAAUGUUAGAUUACAUGAGGUGGUAUAGUAGAGUGUCCCAUCGGUUCAUCAUCCCUGAUGAUAUGAGGGAGGAGCUCAGUGCCGUGUCUGCUAUGCGUAGGGGUGUGGAGAUGUUGGAGCAGUCACUGGAAGUGCCAGGUGCUCCUGUAGUAGGCACAUAGGCCCGACUCCUCAAUGAGAGGGCGCUCGAACUUUUUAGAUCGAGUUUCUUCGUUGGUACCCAGGGAGUUGGCUUUGCUGCUGUUCGAGGAGCCGCAGCUACGGGAGGUAGAGCUCGUGGACUUAGAGGAGGUCGUAGUGAUCGGGGUCGGGGAAAGUGAUUUUAUGAUUGUUGUAUGUUAUGUAUAUUUUUAUGUGGACCAUAUGAGACUCUUAUUAUUAUGACUCUUUUUAUUUA